CUUAACACUGCUCGGCAUCGUAGUUAAAUUUUUUACUUUACAUCGAGUUCAAGUUGCACAAAGUUGCUGCUGAAAAAAACUGUGAAUUUUGUUAGCUCUACAUUCCCAACAUCGCGCGUGCUGUGUGAAUGAUAGCGUUGACUGCAUUAUUAACCAAAUACACGAUCGGUAUUAUGAGCAAUCUAAGCAAUGGCAAUUUGCAACAACAGAAUCAACAGCAGCAACAACAGCAGCCGCAACAACAGCAGCAGAAUGCUGAAGCGGGCGCGGGGGCGGCUGCGGGUGCAGGUCAGGAAGCAGGUGUAAUAAUGCCAGCACCUGGCCUGGGCAUUGCAGUGGGUGUGGUGCAGCGACAGCGACUAUUGAUACAACAACAACAACAGCUGCAGCAUCAACAGAAUCCUGCCGCCGAAGGCAGUGGAUUGGAACGCGGCAGCUGUUUGUUGCGCUAUGCGAGCCAAAAUAGCCUCGAUGAGAGCUCCCAGAAGCACAUACAGCGACCCAAUGGCAAGGAGCGCGGCACCGUGGGACAAUACAGCAAUGAACAGCACACCUCACGCUCCUUUGAUGCCAUGAACGAGAUGCGCAAACAAAAACAACUUUGUGAUGUCAUUCUGGUGGCUGACGAUGUGGAGAUUCAUGCCCAUCGCAUGGUCUUGGCUUCCUGCAGUCCCUACUUCUAUGCGAUGUUCACCAGCUUCGAGGAAUCCCGCAAAACUCGCAUCACAUUGCAGAGCGUCGAUGCUCGAGCUCUUGAGCUGCUGAUUGAUUAUGUCUAUACAUCGAAUGUGGAGGUGAAUGAGGAUAAUGUCCAGGUGCUGUUGACAGCUGCCAAUUUGCUGCAGCUCACCGAUGUCCGAGAUGCCUGCUGUGAUUUUCUACAAACACAAUUGGAUGCCAGCAAUUGUCUGGGAAUUCGUGAAUUCGCUGAUCUGCAUGGCUGCGUUGAGCUUUUAAACUAUGCCGAGACCUACAUUGAACAACAUUUCAAUGAAGUGAUACAAUUUGACGAGUUUCUGAAUUUGACGCACGAGCAAGUGAUAAAUUUAAUAUCGAACGAUCGCAUCUCGGUGCCAAACGAGGAGCGUGUCUACGAAUGCGUGAUCGCCUGGCUGCGCUACGAUGUCCCAAUGCGAGAGCACUUCACCUCGCUGCUAAUGGAGCACGUGCGUCUACCCUUCCUCUCCAAGGAGUACAUCACUCAGCGGGUGGACAAGGAACUGCUGCUCGAGGGCAAUAUUGUGUGCAAGAAUCUGAUAAUCGAGGCGCUCACCUAUCAUCUGCUGCCCUCGGAGACCAAGUCAGCGCGCACCGUGCCCCGCAAGCCUGUUGGCAUGCCCAAGAUACUGCUGGUGAUUGGUGGCCAGGCACCGAAGGCCAUACGCUCUGUGGAGUGGUAUGACUUGCGUGAGGAGAAAUGGUAUCAGGCCGCUGAGAUGCCCAAUCGUCGCUGUCGCAGCGGACUCUCGGUGCUGGGCGACAAAGUCUAUGCUGUGGGCGGUUUCAAUGGAUCGCUGCGUGUGCGCACUGUGGAUGUCUAUGAUCCGGCCACCGAUCAGUGGGCCAACUGCAGCAACAUGGAGGCACGUCGUUCCACCUUGGGAGUCGCUGUGCUCAAUGGUUGCAUCUAUGCUGUGGGCGGCUUUGAUGGCACCACGGGAUUAUCGAGUGCCGAGAUGUAUGAUCCCAAGACUGAGAUAUGGCGUUUCAUUUCCUCCAUGUCCACGCGACGCAGUUCUGUCGGUGUGGGCGUGGUCAAUGGCCUGCUCUACGCUGUGGGCGGCUAUGAUGGUUUCUCGCGGCAAUGUCUUUCGUCGGUGGAACGCUAUAAUCCCGAGCUCGAUGUCUGGACUAGCGUUGCGGAUAUGUCUUCGCGUCGCAGCGGUGCUGGAGUAGGCGUCUUGAACAAUAUACUCUAUGCUGUCGGUGGUCACGAUGGGCCAAUGGUGCGCAAAUCUGUGGAAGCCUAUGACUUUGAGACGGACACUUGGCGUUCCGUUGCUGAUAUGUCCUAUUGUCGUCGCAAUGCUGGCGUUGUCGCACACGAUGGACUCUUGUAUGUGGUUGGAGGGGACGAUGGCACCUCGAAUUUGGCUUCGGUUGAGGUUUACUGCCCGGACUCGGAUAGCUGGCGCAUUUUGCCAGCCUUGAUGACCAUCGGACGCAGCUAUGCGGGAGUCUGUAUGAUAGAUAAGCCCUUGUGAAUGGAAGAGCAGGGCGCAUUGGCACGGCAAGCGGCCUCGCUGGCCAUAGCGCUGUUGGAUGAUGAGAAUAGCCAGGCUGAGGGCACCAUGGAGGGCGCUGUCGGUGGUGCUAUUUAUGGCAAUAUUGUGGCUGCUGCUGCAGCAACGCCGCCAACACCAGCACAGCAGCAACAACAACAACAGCAGCCAGCCAUUCAUCCGCAUUAUGAGAAUAUCUAUGCGCCAAUUGGUCAGCCGAGCAACAACAAUAACAACAACAACAAUCAAAUUGCUGCCAAUGCCCCUGCUAAUGUUGAGGAAGCUCAGCAACCACCGCAACAACAACCACAACAGCAACAACAGGCUGCGGCAACUGAAGCCAAUCAGCCACAGCAACAACAGCAACAGCAAGCACAACAAGCUGCACCACCGCAACAGGCACGCAUCUUGCCCAUCAAUAGUUAUCGCAACGAUUUAUACGAUCGCUCGUCGAGCACAGCAGGUGCUUACGAUGUGCCACGUGCCGUUCGCUCCGGGCUCGGCUACAGACGCAACUUUCGCAUUGAUAUGCAGAAUGGCAAUCGCUAUGGCAGCGGCUUGAGAUGUGCGCCACUUUAUGCCAGCAAUCGCACCAAUUGCCAGCGACAGCGCAGUUUCGAUGACACCGAAUCCACGGAUGGUUACAAUCUGCCCUAUGCGAAUGCCAUGCGCUAUGAGAACAUCUACGAGCAGAUACGCGAUGAGCCGCUUUAUCGCACCACAGCGGCUGCCGCUGCUGCUGCGGCGGGCAGUCGGGUGCCGCUCUACACGCGGCUGGAUGUGUUGGGCCAUGGCAUUGGCCGCAUCGAGAGGCAUUUGAGUUCGUCGUGCGGCAACAUCGAUCAUUAUAACCUAGGCGGACAUUACGCUGUGCUCGGGCACUCGCACUUUGGCACCGUGGGACACAUACGCUUGAAUGCAAAUGGCGCCGCUGCACCGGCGAGCAACAGCAGCUGCACGGUGCCCAAUUGUCAGGGUUAUGUGAGCGCAGCUUCCGGAGUUGCGGGAACAAGUGCAUCGGCUGCUGCCGCGGCUGCUGCAGCAGCUGCUACAGAGUACGGCAAUGUCAAGGUGCCGGUGAAGAACAGCGCCUCGUCGUUCUUCAGCUGCCUGCAUGGCGAGAAUUCACAGAGCAUGACCAAUAUCUAUAAGACGACAGCGGCAGCGGUCGCUGCAGCUGCUGCUGCUCAUCACACGUCGCCACUCACACCCAAUGUGUCCAUGGAACGUGCGGCACGCUCUGCUUCGGCGGGACCUGCCACAGCUGCAAUUUCAGUGGCAGCCGCUGUAGAAGAGCAGCAAAUUGCAAUAGGCGAAAGUGUUGGCAGCUCCACAGCUUCAGUGCGUCCAACGGGUGCCAUACCCAAAGUGAAGACAGCCAGCAAGGCGGCCAAGGAGUCGAGCAGCAGCAGCCACAGCAACAAUGCAACAGCUGCGGCAUCAUCUUCAGCUAGCUCGAGUGGUGCAGAGAAAGCCACCACAUUAGGAACAACCGCCAAAAGCGCAACUGUGGCCAAGAAAACAUCAAGCAGCGCAACACGUUCAAAUUCUUCAGGUGAUGCUGGGAAUGGCACAUUGAAUCGCAUAUCGAAAUCGAGUCUGCAGUGGCUGCUGGUCAACAAGUGGCUGCCACUUUGGAUAGGUCAAGGACCUGAGUGCAAGGUGAUUGACUUUAACUUUAUGUUCUCGCGCGAUUGCGUUAGCUGCGACACCGCUUCGGUGGCCUCACAAAUGUCCAAUCCAUAUGGCACGCCACGCCUGGGCUUGGGACCCUUGCCACAGGAUAUGAUGCGCUUUCAUGGCGGAUGUGCUAGUGCCGGCACAAUGCGACGUGAAGUCAAUGCCACAAAUCGUCCGCUGCACAGCAAUUUAAGCAGACUGCGCAGCGGUGCAGAGAAGCGACAAGCGAAUAGCUCGACAGCGAGCAGCAGCUAUCGCUAUGAGGAUCCAUCGUAUGAGAAUGUGCAUGUGCAGUGGCAGAAUGGCUUUGAGUUUGGCAGAUCGCGAGAGUACGAUGCCAGCUACAAUCAUCAGCAGCAACAACAGCUGCCACUGCAGCAACGUCCGUUGUUGCAACGCGCCCGAUCGGAGAGUCCCACGUUCAGCAAUCAGCAGCGACGCAUGCAACGUGCUGCUGCGCAAGCUCAAGCUCAAGGUACACCAAAGUCAUCUUCGAAGUUGGCUGAUCCCUUCAAGAACUACGAACUGAACGCGGAGAACAAUAGUUUUAAGCCCAAGCAGCCAGCAGCUGAGGAGCUGGAAGGAGCUGUCGGCGGUGCAACGGCAGAGGGUGGCGGAAGUAUUGCGGAACUGGAUGUUGAACUGAUGGAGCCAAUGAAUUUGAGUGAUAACGAGACUGAUACAACGACAACUACAACAACAGCAGCAACAGCAGCAGCGCCAACAACUUCAGCAGCAGCAGCAGCAGCAACAACUACAGCAACUAAUAACCAACAAACUGCAAACAAUGCUCAUGAAGCAAACGAUUGAAAACUGAAGAAAACUCCUAUAUAUUUUCCCAAUUACAAUUAGUUGAUAUCGUUCACAAAUAUCACGAUUUUAUUUUACUUAAUUAACUUGUAAUAUAAUUUAAGCUACAAACUAUUUGGUAUCGAAAUUAGAUCUCAAACGUAACAAGAAAUUGGCACACACAAAAAAGAAUAUAAUUUAAAUAUGGGUAAUUCUCUGGAGGAAUUUGUGACGUGCGACACUAAAACAUAAACUGAAACAUUUUUAAAAAUAAGUAUAGGUAUUCUUAUAACUCUAGCUUAUCACAAUAUAUUUAGCUAAGACUGAUUUUAGGAUAAUUUUCUGUUUUAUGAUAAAAUAUAUAAAUUCCUUAUUUUUUUGUGAUUAUCUUAAAACAGAAAAAAAAAUUUAAAAAUCAUUCUAAGCUCUAGUUAAAGUGCUAAUCAAGAGCUAUAAGAUUCGUGUUGACUCAAAAUAAAAAAAUGUUUCGGUAAAUGUUUUUGUUCACUUUAGAAAGUGUCGCAAGCGACAUUUUCGCCAAAGAAUUGCCCAUAUGAUUGUAGAAUUUGAUACAAUGUGAUUCGAUGCGAUUCACCAAAGCUCGAAUAUUAUUAUAAAUUCUAUUACGAAUACUAGAAAUCUAAGAUGUAUGUCUUCAAAACUUCAAGUAGAAAAAGGCCAUAUAGAAGACGGAUAAAACAUGCAAUACAAAUGCGCCAUAUCAUGCACAUUUUAUGUAUAAGCCAGACGAGUAGUCUAUAUAGUAGAAAUAGUUAUCUAAGCAAUACGCAUUUGAUAUUUGAUUUAGAGUUCUGUUUGUUAAACUGCCCCUCCAAAACUUUUCACUAUUGAGAGACUAGUUGUUAGUGUUUUCCUUGAGAUAUUGUCAUUUGUUAUGUGCACUCCGCUUUGUUUAAGUUUUUCUUUGCAAUUCUGAAAAGAAGAAAGAGAGCAACUCUAGUUUAGGUCAAUUAGUAUAACAGGUAUUAUUUACAUAAAAACAGACAUACAUACUUAUUAUAUACAUAUAGCUAUAUACAAGAAUUAUACAAAAACCCAACAAAAAAUCAAAGAAAAAGAAAUCAUAUACAAUACUCCCAAAAAUAUACAAAUAUAUACGAUAUACUGUAGUUUUAAGCAUACUUACAUGUAUUGCGUUUAACUAAUUCAUAAUAAAACGAGAAAAUUUAGAAA